ACACUCUCGGGAGUGGAAAGGGAAGCAAAAUCCGAAAUUAUCGCCAUGGUUCUCCUCGCCGUCGCGUCCUCGCUCAAAACCCUAAACCCUACCUUGAGCCCGAGCCCCAGCCGACGCCGUCUCCUCCUCAGCUCCUCCCAUCUCCGCCUGCCGCCGCUGCUCUCGCGGAGCGGCCGCCUCCGCUGCUCGGCCGGCUACGGCGAUGCCGCCGCGCCGCAGCAGGCGGCUCCGACGACGCAGCGGCCGGACGAGAUCCCGUGGAGCAGGGAGCUCUGCAACUCGGUGCGGCUCAUAGGGACGGUGGGCACGGACAUCGAGCUGCGCCAGCUCCCCAGCGGCGCCUCCGUCGCGCGGGGGCGCAUUGCCGUCUGGAAGUCGGCCACCGAGACCACCUGGGUAACUCUUGCAUUUUGGGACGACUUGGCUGUUAUGGCCUCUGAGCAUGUAAAACAAGGAGACCGAAUAUUUGUUUCUGGACGGCUUGUAUCAGAUACUGUUGAGGAGGGGCCUGAGAAGCGGCAGGUUUACUACAAGGUUGUCGUUCAACAGUUCAACUUCAUUGAGUCCUUCCAACCUGUGCGGUUAUAUUCAGAGUCAAGCCAGGAUGGUGGAAAGCAUGGAGAUUAUGUUGGUAAUGAUUCUACCUCUGGUUCAACUGAGAAUAAAAAGGGAGAUUACAUGAGUUCCUCCUCUCGUUCAACUGAAGCACUGUGGCAAGCAUUCUUCGCUAAUCCUCUUGACUGGUGGGAUAACAGGAAAGAUAAGAAGAACCCAAGGUAUCCAGACUUCAAGCACAAGAGCACCGGCGAAGCGCUGUGGGUUGAGGGGAGGAACAACCCCAACUGGGUCGUCUCCCAGCUGGCGAUCUUGGACUCGAGGAUGGGUUCCCUGCAGGACAAGCAGAGGAAACCAGUCUCCUACAUGUAUGCCGACGACUUCAUGACAUCUGACGCCAGCGACUAGGCCCUGCUAUAGGUGGGAGGAAGCUUCUGAUCCCCCAAGCAUCCAGCUCCAGUAUCCUAAGGUGCGUUAGUUGCGCCAAGUCAUCUGCGCGUCUCGGUUUUCGUUGUACAUAGGUAGGCUCCGGAGGCUUUAUUAUUAGUCCAUCUGUUCCACGUCGGUGGUAGUGACAAAUUUGUGAACAUGUCUAUGUACGAGAAGCUCUAUCAUCCGCACAUCAGUUGACGCGUUCCAUCGGUCGA